AUGGCCGGAAUCCUGUUGGUGCUAUCCUUCGUCACCCUCGGCGUCAUAUCAGCGGCCGGCGCCCUCCGCAACGUUUCCCAUCCCCAACCACCCUCCACCAAGAUCUACUCGACCGACAUGGCCAUGAGCAUCAUCGCCCGCCGGCAGGGACUGAUGAACAGCACCAAGCAGGCGGGCCUCGCCCUCCAGGCAGGCAUCACCCAGAAGGCCAUGAUCGCCUGGAGCGCCCAGUAUGGCGGCCACCCGCUGAUCUACAAGUACAUCGUCGACAGCGCCGACGCCACCGCCGCCUUCAUGGCAGACACCAUCGACGACCUCAAGCUCUGGCCCCUCGACCGCCUCUCGGCCGGCAACGCCCUGUUCCUGAGCGACGGCGGCGCCUACGACCUCACCCUAGACGCCUUGCGCGACAGCAUCCGCCUCAACCGGCGCAACGACGAGAACGGCCUGUGGUACUGGGAGAGCUACCCGCAGUGGAGCUACCUGGACGGCAUGUACUCGCUGGGACCCUUCGCCGUCCUGGACGCCCUCUCCACCGUGCACGGUAACAACAGCAACAACACCUCGAGCGCCGAGACCAAGGUCGACCCCGACACCGCCGCCCUGCAGGACAUGCACCUGCAGUUCCAGCUGCUGUGGGAGCACUGCUACAACAGCACGACGGGCCUCCUCGUGCACGGCUACGACGCCAGCCGCACCGCAGUCUGGGCCGACGCCCGCAACGGCGCGUCCGGCAUCGUGUGGGGCCGCAGCCUGGGCUGGUUCAUGAUGGCGCUCGUCGACACAAUGGAGCUGCUGGGCACGGGGCCGCAGGCUGCCGUCUGGAGCGAGCCGCUGCUGGGAAUGUACCAGCGCCUGGCGGGCGUGGUUAUGACCUUUGCUGACGAGCGCACAGGCUGCUGGUACCAGGUCGUCGAUCAGGCUGGCCGCGAGGGCAACUACAUCGAGUCCAGCGCGAGUGCCAUGUUCAGCUACGCUCUGCUUAAGGGCGCCCGUCUGGGCUACCUGUCUACCUUUGAUGUCCCGCGGGCGCAGAAAGCUGGUCGUGUUGCGCACGACUUCCUUGCUCGCGAGUUUGUCAUCAUCGAGGAGGACGGGACGUUGGGGUGGAAUGGCACGGUCGGCGUGUGCAGUUUGAACUCAACUGCGAGCUACGAUUACUACAUCGAGCAACCCAUCGCCUACAACAGCGUCCUCGGCGCCUCCGCCUUCAUCAUGUCGUCGCUCGAGGUCGAGCAUCUUGAUUCGGCGGUACUCACCCCGCAAGGAGGGGCGACGAGACAGGGAGUGCGUGUGCUAUGA